AUGAACUCAGACUUGUUCAUCGACGACAGAUAUACCAAGAACAUCAACAACACCUUGGACCCAAACAACCCGGCAGUCGCUGAACAAAAGAAGAAGAAGAAGUCUGGUGGAGGUGCCUUCGAAGCCUUCAAUCUAUCUAGUUUCCUCUAUAAAGCCAUUAAACAAAAAGGUUAUAACCUGCCCACACCUAUCUAGAGAAAAGCCAUCCCUGUGAUUCUUGAGGGCUUUAACGUGAUUGCCAUGGCUAGAACUGGUAGUGGUAAGACUGGAGCAUUCGUGAUCCCGCUCAUUGAGAAAUUAAAGACGCACAGCAAGAUAGUUGGCGCUAGAUGCCUUAUUUUGUCUCCAACUCGUGAAAUCGCUAUGCAAACUGCAAACUAUUUCAAGAGUCUUGCCAAGUUGACUGAUCUGACUUUCGCUUUGAUAGUCGGAGGUAGUGAUAUGGAGAACUAGUUUGAGAGACUUCUAUUAAAUCCAGAUGUCAUAAUAGCAACUCCAGGUAGACUUAUGCAUUGCAUGAUGGAAACUGGACUGUCUCUCAGCACUGUUGAGCUAGUGGUAUACGAUGAGUGUGAUAGACUAUUUGAGUUGGGUUUCGCAGAAUAAAUCAAACAAAUUACUGAUAAAAUGCCUAAAAACAGAUAGAGUCUUCUAUUCUCAGCCACUAUAUCAUCAUAGGUUAAAGACUUUGCAUUGUCAGGUAUUAAAGACUAUAGAAUGCUGUAAGUUGAUAAGGAUUCUAAACUUAGUGAUGACCUCAAGUUAAAUUUUAUGGUAGUCAGAACUGGGGAAAAAGCAGCAACACUUCUUUACAUUAUGAGAGAGUUAAUUAUGGAUGUAAAUGAUAAAUAGCAAACAAUCAUCUUUGGUGCCACUAGAUAUCACGUUGAGUUUUUACAUGAGUUGGCAACUAAAGCAGGAUUUAGAUCAACUUUUAUUUACGGAGCAAUGGAUUAACGUUCCAGAGAGGAUAGAUUAGCUAUAUUCCGCAUGAAGAAAGCUGAGUUCCUUAUUGUUACAGAUCUUGCAGCUAGAGGUAUUGAUAUCCCAUUACUAUCAAAUGUCAUCCAUUACGACUUCCCAACCAAGCUAAAGCUCUUCAUUCACAGAGCAGGUAGAACUGCCAGAAACAAUCAGAAGGGUACCUCUUAUGGAAUCAUUACCAAGAAAGAACUACCCUAUAUGCAUGAUUUGAGCGUGUUUGUGGGCAGAAAAUACUUUGAUAAGCCUACUGAAUAUAUCACUCAAUAGGAACUAUUAGAGAGUCCUUAGCACAUGUGCUUCGGUAGACUACCUCAAGCCACAAUCGAUGAGUAUAACUAGGUUUAUGCACAUUUACUGCAUCAAUAUAACACAGUCUUAGAACCAUUAUAGAAAUCAAUUACCCUUUCACUUAAUAAGUAUAAUAAAACUAGAGACCCAGCUUCUUUAGUAGGUGUGUAGGCUGCAAGCAAGAUGCAAGAGCCAGAAAUCCAUCCCCUAUUAUCCUUAACAGUUGAUGAAAAAGAAAUCGAGCUUAUGAAGUUUAAAGAUCAACUUAAGCAGUUCAAACCAAAGCAGAGUGUUCUUGAGUAAAGUAUUAUCAAAACUAUGGAUUAGGGUAAAAUCAGUAAAUUCCAAGAUGCGUUGACUUUAUAAAACUAAAAAUACGGUUAGAAGAUUGAAAGAAGGCAAUAUGAAAAAGAAGUACAGAAGAAAUUCGAGCAUGAAUAGAAAUUACUUGAUGAUAAGAUAAUUGAGUUCAGAGCCAAAGAGAAGGAAAAUGAGAUGAAAUUGCUCAAGAAGAGAAAGAGAUCAGAGUCUAUUCAGGAAGAUGAGAAGAUUGAAGAUGAGGAUGAGGGAAAUACAAUUAAAGACCAGAUCAAUAGAAUGAGUAAAAAGCGCAGACAGAGAAUCUAGAAGAUCCUUGAUGAUAAAACUCUAAGUGAAUAAGAAAAAUAGAAUAUGAUUGAGCAGGUAAAGGAUGAUGGUUUGAACAACAAGAGGUAAAAGCGCUCUUAGAUAUAAGACUUCCGUAAAAACAACUAUAUAUCAACAGAUAGACAUUAAGAAUAGGAGAACGGCCAGUAUAAGCCAGGAUAAUCUUCACUAUGGAAUGAGGAUGAAAGGCAUUUCCUUGAAGAUGUAACUUUGAAUCUAGUUAAUGAUGAUGACGAGAUGCUGCAGCAUAUCAAGGGUAAGACUGCUAUGAAGUGGGACUCUACUAAGAAAAGAUAUGUACUCAAAAAGAUUGAUGGAGAUCGUAAAGUUGUUAAGGAAAAGAGAAAUGAAAGUGGAGUCAAGAUUACUAACAAAAGCGCUGCUAAGCUUAUGGACCAAAAGGUCUAUAAAAAGUGGAUGCAGAAGACUCACUUAAAGCUACAGAGUAGUGGUGAGAUGGAAGACACUAAGGUAAUGGAAAGAGCCAAGACAAGUAACGAGAGCAGAAGAAUGAUGAAGUCAUUCAGAAAAGGUCACAAGGAUUUGAACAAGGGAGAAGAUGCUCGUAGCAACAACUAGCUAGUUAAGAUGAAAUAGAAGAAGAUGCUUGAUAAAAUGAAGAAGUCUGGUAAGAAAAGCGAUCGCAGCAGCAAUAACCCAAGUGGUGGCAAGCACACGGAUAAAUCCUGGAAUAAAAUAGUCAAGCACUCCAGACCAACAAGAAGUGUUGUCAUUUAAAAGACUUAAAAAGGUGGCAAAGGAGGGCAAAAUGGUGGAGGCUUUAAAGGUAAAUAAAGAAGAUGA